GAUGAUGAGGAAGAUGAAGGAUACGGGGUCAAGAACCUGUCCAGCAGAGUGUCCCUGCCUUCCAAACCAGAACGCAAACCCUCCCUUCCCCCGGCCAAACAAGCCAACAAGAACCUGCUACUGAGGGCUAUGUCUGAGGCCCAGAUCUCUAUCAACAAGACUGCAGCCUACCCACCUAUACCACAGAGACAGACGGUUCCCGUGGCGCCCAGGACGCGUUCAACCGCUGACGAGAUGAACGCAGCCAUCCAGCUGGUUCAGGAGCACCUCCACGGCCUGGUCCCCAGGGGGCAGUCUUACACCCCCUCAGAGCCUCAGCCCCCCAGGCAGCUAGUAGUUCAGUCUCGGUCCCUGGCCUCUCGGCUGCAGUUAGACGUGCCAGAAGACAACAUGAGCGCACAGCACAGUGACUAUUUAGCUCUGGAGGUGGCUGAGGGGAGUGUUCUGAAGCCAUUUGACACGCGCUCCUUCAUCGUGAGGAGGCCUGAACUGGAGGAGGAGCUGGUUCCUGUCCGGAGCAGACUGGGACAACUGGACAAGGUGCCUAUGACGAGUAGGCUGGGGUUAGAGGAGGUGCCACCUCCUAUGAGGAGUGGACUGGAGGAAGUGCCACCUCCUAUGAGGAGUAGACGGGAGGAGACCACAGUGCCUAUGAGGAGCAGGCUGGGAGCCAUGGUCAAGGAGGAGAUCCAGCCAGCUACUCCACGCAUGGUGCAGCCAGCCAGCAGUGAGAAGGCUGAAGCCGCGGGAUCAGCCAGUCCUAAGUUCAUUGUGACUCUGGAUGGGGUUCCUAGCCCCCUGGGUAACCUAGGAGACUGUGACAUGGAGGCAGACGACAGUUAUCCUAAACCAACCAAGACCACCAUGCCUGACCCCUCCAUCCACCUCGGAACAAAACCCAAACUCAGCAUCCACCACAGACUGCAGGGGGAACCACAAUACCCCGAUGAGUUAGGGAUGGAGACUGAGGAGGAGGAGGCGGGUCCUGUGAAGAGACAGAAGGUUCUGGAGAGGUGUAAGUUCUGGCCCGUCUGUAAGAGUGGAGAUGAGUGCGUUUACCACCACCCUACCACUCAGUGCAAAACUUUCCCCAGCUGUAAGUUCGGGGACAAAUGCCUGUUCGUCCAUCCUAACUGUAAGUUUGACGGCAAGUGUUCCAAGCCAGAUUGUCCCUUCACUCACGUCAGCCGCAGAGGACCUGCCCCCUACGCCCCCCCAGUCAGACCAGUACCUCCAGUCCAGACCAGCAGUGUCUGCCGUUUCUUCCCAGAGUGUAAGAAGAUGGACUGUCUCUUCUACCACCCCAAGCCUUGUCGGUUUGGAGCCCAGUGUAAACGUACUGGCUGCACCUUCUACCACCCCACUGCCUCGGUCCCUCCCAGACACGCCCUCAAGUGGACUAAGGCCCAGAGCAGCUAAACUACAAGAGUACCUGAGACUGACCGAGUCAAGAUGAUGUGAAGCUAUAGAACAGGGUUCCCCAACUGGUGGCCCGCGGGCUAAAUUUGGCCCGCAGGUGAUUUUAUUUGCCCCCCCAACCCUCCGCCCCCAAGUUUUCUGAGCAAAAUAAAGUGUUUAUUAUUGUUGGACGUAAGACUGUAAAAACACCAGCAUUUCAGCUUCAAGUGAAAUUUUUACUUUGGGAAUGUGUUCCAAACUAUUCCCAUGCAUAAUAGAGAGAUUUGAUUGUAUACAAAUGUAAGCAAAGUUUGAAGUAAUUGUUUUAGUCAAAUAU